ACGACGAGGUUAUAUACAUUAUUUUGCCGUUCCCGCUCGUUUUUAAUAAAUAACAUUCACGAAUAGAUGUGAAAUUUUAACCCUGUUUUCAGUAAGCUGGUGACAUUUGUCAAAAAUUUUCCAGAUGCGAAAUGGAUAGCCCAACAGAAAACGCAUCUAAACAAAUACCAACGAUGGAUAAGGUGGAUGCAGAGGUAAAUUUGAUGGAGUAUAAAAGACAAAUGCGCACAGUAAAGACUAACCUAGCGCUGAAAGCCGAGAGAUUGCUAAAGACUUCCUCACUAAAGCAACUGGAAGUUUUUAUUAACUCCAACGCCUAUGAUGUCCACAAUGAAGUUCUUUCUAUAAUCAAUAAUGUCAACAUUGAAUUGUGGGUUAAGCUGCAUGUAAUCAAUUUGGUUUCGGCCUAUCUACGGACAAUUAUUUGUAAUUAUGACUUGGAUUCUUUAGCUGCUGUGUAUUUAGUAUGGAAAGACUAUGAUAGAGAUAAGUUUUUGAAAAUGCUUCACCAAACAUGCCAUGAAGAAAAUAAUACAAUUUGUAAAACAUUUUUCUUAGUGCAUUUAGUACCAGCAAUAAUGCAACCAUCCCCUACCGACUAUGACAAAAAGGGCUUACUUAUUGAUCUUGCCUUUAUGUUUGUGCCUUGCUACCCAGUAACUUGUUGGACAGAAGAGGAAUAUGAAAUUUUUUUGGCAAAUAUAAACAAAUAUAUAAAAAAUAUUUCGGAUUUAAGGGAUGCCAAUUAUGCACACUGGCAUAGGCUGUGGAUGUUUUUAGUCAGAGUAUUUGGUAAAAAAUUGCACCACUCCAUGUCACUGGUCAAUCGAUUGUUGCGUGUAGUAGAAAGUGCAUUUAGAAAUUCUUCCUGUGAACAGAGAUUGAAAGGUUAUGAUUGCUGGAAGGAGUUGAUAGACAAUGCAAGUCUGGAUAAGAAGCAUUUGAGCAGCUCCAAGCAAUUACGUUUACUCCUAACCCCAUUGAAAGCCAAGUUUUCAAAGCAAGAAUCUGUGAUAAUGAAAAGGUUUGAGGUUUUUGGUUAUUUGCUGGAAAAACUUCAAUCAGACAGUACAUUGAUAUUAAAGGAGUUAUUAGAGUUUUGUUUUGGUGAUGUUAGUGAGCAUGUUGACCCCACUAAAGUUGGUCACAGCAAAAGUGUUCCACAACUUCGGAUUGAGAGUGCAAAACUUUUACUUGCUAUUAUAGGUCAUGCACAUAAUGAAGUUGAACAUUGUUUAUCUACUGAUGGAGAGAUAAGAUUAAAUCGUCCCGUAGUAAAUACUGAAAACUUUUAUAAGUAUUAUUGCUAUGUUAUUAAAUCUGUAGAUGAGUGCUGUAAACUUCUCAGAGAUGUUGAGUUAGAACAUCGGAUCAGUGUGUUGCAGUGUUUUUGGCAAUCAACACUGAACUUAAUAUUCAAAUCAAGCGGUAACAGACUGGAUUCCUUAAAUCUUUUAAACAAUAUUAUUGAAGAAAAUUUAAUGGACAACAAUCCAUACUCCAAGAGCCUUGUAUGCCUGAUGUUUAAAGCCGCGAUGAACAUUGAGAAAAAUUUAAUCCAAGACUUUGUCAUAAAAAAUUUAAACUCUUUGCUGAAGGUCAUAUUUUCUGUACCUUUAAGGGACCAUAGUUAUUAUGCAUCUGUGCUGAAGUUUUGUGAUAUGAUUUUCACCAUAAAUGAACUAGAGGAGAAGUCGAAAAUUAGAAGCCAUAUAUUUCGUUGUUUUACCGAUUUCAAAACCAUUGAAUGCAAUGUUUAUUUUGUUGCGGAAAUUUGGAUCCGUUUAGCGAGCGAGUUGGACGAUCGCCCAAAGGAAAAGCUGGAUUUUUUGCUGUGGCCUGCACUUUACCUUCAACAUCUGCAGGGUUACGAGAACCUCGGCAUCAAGGUUGUGGAAAAUUAUGGAGUUCUAAUAACAAAAUAUGUACAGAAAUUUGAGGAAAUCAGGAUCGCCCUGUUUAAGGGCUACAAGAAACUGCUAAGAAACAACCCUCUGCUUUCGGGUAACAUUUUAAAGCUUGUGGAGCUUUUUCCGACAAACUUUGAAGACCUGGAAGGCACCACGGUCAUGUUCGACAUUUUUUCGCAAAUUCUUCAAGUUCCCUCGUUUAUUCAGGGCAAGGAGCAGAAAACAAUCAUCGAAUGUUACCUAAAAGCGUUCCUCGACCAGAAAAGUGGGUUUUCAACGCUGGCUCAUCCCAAAAGCAUUGAAAGUCUUUGCCGUUGCCUAAGGCACCUUUUCGAAAAUCAACAGUACGACUGUUUAAAUAACCUGGAACGUUUUGUGGAAGUUGCUCCAGACCCUAUAAAGGAAUCAAUCCUAAAGCUUUUGUCAGUUCCAUUGACAGAUAUGCUGAAAAAAGAGACGGAUUUAGCGAAAAUUUCCCAAAUCGAUAGGUUAAUUCGAACUUUGCAAGAUACAAAAAUUGCGGAACCUAAAGAGGAAACGGAGAUACCUCUCGCUAUUGGCGGCAGAUCAGCGAAAAUCGCCAAACUGGCCAAAAAUAUCCCCAAGAGUCCCAUGAAACGGUUGGAUUCGUCGCCGCUCCGUUUAUUUGGCAGGGAUGUUGAUAAUUUUUCGUCGGUAAAUCUCAAGGGCAGCCAACUAAAGAAUGUUACUCCCACAAAAAAAGGCACAGGAAGUUCUACUCCGAAUAAAAUGUCCAAGCCGUCGCUGAUGGAUGAGAGUUCCAGCAAAUUCGUUUCAAUCAAAUCGGAAGUGAAAAUCGUGCUCGAAAAUUUGACAGAACACCAAAAGGAAUCGUUGAAAAAGAGACGCGAAGAUAUUCCCGCUCUUUAUGAAGAUCUUUCUCAAAGUCAGAGUCGGAGUUUGAAUUCUGUUAUUCAUUUGGAUGAAAAUCAAGACGAUUUCAAACAGCCACAGCGUUUGUCCAAAGAUCAUGACGAUAACACGGCGUCAAAGAAAGAUGGUGCAGAGCGAAAACUUUUGGAAGAACUGCCAAAUAUACCAGCUUCGUCCCCUAAUGAAGAUGACAAAAAAAAGCAGCUAGCCAAAGAAAAAAUGCGACUGGAGUUGAAGAAACUUGAGUUAAAUAUUGUGGGAGCUGAAGAAUUCCUCUCGCCAUCCACAAAGAGGAAAAGGAAGAAAAAAAUUUUUCUUAGGAAAAGUCCAAGAGAUUCUUCGAAAAAGAAAGAAAAGUCGACGCCCGAUAUAACAAGUAAGAAAACAAGCGGCCACUCUUCCCUAAAAAAUAAAUCAGUAGAACGAGAUGAUGUUACGCCUAAAGAGACAAAAAAUAUUGUUGAGCCGAGUCAAAGAGAUGCAAAGAAAAAUGAAAGCACAGAAUCGAAACAGAAGGAAAAGUCCACGCCAGAUAUACCCAGUAAGGAAACAAGCGGCUGCUCUUCCCUAAAAAAUAAAUUAGUAGAACGGGAUGACGUUACGCCUAAGGAGGAAAAAAAUAUUGUUGAGAAGAGUCAAAGAGAUGCAAAGAAAAAUGAAAGUAGCACAGAGUCGAAAAAGAAAGAAAAGUCGACGCCAGAUAUAACCAGUAAGGAAACAAGCGGCCGCUUUUCCCUAAAAAAUAAAUUAGUAGAACGUGAUGAUGUUACGCCUAAAGAGAAAAAAAAUAUUGUUGAGAAGAGUCAAAGAGAUUCAAAGAUAAAUGAAAGUAGCACAGAAUCGAAAAAGAAAGAAAAGUCGACGCCAGAUAUAACCAGUAAGAAAACAAGCGGCUGCUCUUCCCUAAAAAAUAAAUUAGUUGAACGGGAUGACGUUACGCCUAAGGAGGAAAAAAAUAUUGUUGAGAAGAGUAAAAGAGAUGCAAAGAAAAAUGAAAGUAGCACAGAAUCCAAAAAGAAAGAAAAGUCGACGCCAGAUAUAACCAGUAAGGAAACAAGCGGCCGCUUUUCCCUAAAAAAUAAAUUAGUAGAACGGGAUGAUGUUACGCCUAAAGAGAAAAAAAUUAUUGUUGAGAAGAGUCAAAGAGAUUCAAAGAAAAAUGGAAGUAGCACAGAAUCGAAAAAGAAAGAAAAGUCGACGUCAGAUAUAACCAGUAAGAAAACAAGCAGCCGCUCUUCCCUAAAAAAUGAAUUAGUAGAACGGGAUGAUGUUACGCCUAAAGAGGAAAAAAUUAUUGUUGCGAAGAGUCAAAGAGAUUCAAAGAUCAAUGAAAGUAGCACAGAAUCGAAAAAGUCGACGCCGGAUAUAACCAGUAAGAAAACAAGCGGCUGCUCUUCCCUAAAAAAUAAAUUAGUUGAACGGGAUGAGGUUACGCCUAAAGAGGGAACUAAAAAGAGGAAACGAACAAGUCCCAAGACAGAAUCUGAGGAUUUUAUAGAGAGUUCUCAAGAAACUACUCUUAAUAAUUCAAUAAAGGCAAAGUCGUUCAUCAAGAGGUUAGACAGAGAAGGUAGAAGCUCCCUAGAUCAAACGUUAGUAAAAAGCUCCGCCAAAGAAAAUUCGCCAAGCCAAACCCAAUCCUUGUUUUCACAGAAUUUGGAAGCAGAACCAAAGAAUAUAGAAAAUAUUGCGAAAAUUGAAGAAACGGAGAAUCAAAACACAGAACAGUUGAAUGAGAAUGUGAAAAAUAGUACGCAGAGUCAAGAUACUCAGACACAGGAAACUGAGACUUAUGAACCAGACGCUGCAUAUGAUACUCAACCCAAGCUUGAUGUUCCAAAGAAGACGGAGCUUACGAAGGAGCAGAAGGUCGUCUCUAUGAUGGAUACUGCUUCGCUGACGUUUUCAAAAUCAGAUGAGCCCAUCGAGGACCCAAAAUUGAACCCGUAUUGGGAGAGAGAAAAUGUAAUGGAAAUAAUAUUGGGUAAUCUCUCUCCAAGCAAAACCAAAAACAAUGAUUCGGAAUUAACCGAGAAAGUCGUAGAAGGUGCCAAAGUAGUCGAAGAGAAUGAGACCGCCUCGCCUGUUGGAAGUGGCCGCGACGCUCUGCCCUCAUCGCCCGUAACAGGCGACACUCCAAACAAAACUUCCGAACUAUUAAAUAGCACCUCGGAUAUUUCACCGAUAACGUCAAAAUCUGGUUCCGAUGACGAAAAUGAUACCGUCAAACCGUUCGUUCCGGUUGCAUUGAAAUUCGAUGAUCUUGUCGAUACUUCCGGUUCGCAGUCGCCCGUAAAAGGAGACGACGUCUGCGCAGUAUCGGAAAUGGCGUCGGAAAAAAAUAUCCAGUGCGCGAAAGGUAGAUCGGUGGACAUUUUGGCGAUCGACGACGACAAAGUGGUGAAUAACAUUUCCAUCAGAUCGUCAAAAUUUUUCAGUAUGGUUAAGAGUGGUUCACCCAUGCCUCCUCACAGGUUCAUUAAUAAAAGAAAAUCGAGCACGCAUAUGUCACCCUCGGCCCUGAGGAUCCGGAAGUUGAUGUCGGGUAGGAAACCGAAAGCGGCCACUCUGUCUACAAGCAAUAUGGAUAAGCAAGAUCUUCUUACGUUUACUAGGGAGGUACCGAGUCCAUCGGCAACACCAAGGUCCAGUAUUUUGAAGAGGAAGCAUUCGGACGUCGACGAUGGGUUUUCGCCCUGUCCCAAGCGCAAACGGGUCAACUUUAGCGAUCCAUGCACGACUUCGAGCAAAGUGUUUUACAAAGAAGAGACAAACCUGGGCGAAUUUUUCUUGUUGGAACCGCCUCUAGACAUAGGCGUGUUCGAUAGCGACGAUACAAACGAAAACUUAACGGACACGGAAGUCUUGGAAACCGAGCAAAGUCUUCAAAUAACCAACAUGACGAUUUUGAGGAAUGAUCGGCCGAUAUACCCCCAGUUGGAAGACUGCGACGAAGACGUGUCGGUUAUCAUGGGAAAAGUAACCAGUCCCAUGUUUAUAAAUAUGUUAACGAAUAAACUGAAGAAUAGUGGUAUCAAUACAAUCGGGGACCUAGCUAGACAAAGCGAAGUGGAAGUGAACAGGUUCCCAUUCAAAACGCCGAUCGUUGCGAACGUUUUUAAAGCUUUGGACAAUCACUUUGCCAAGUUUUGCAAAAGAGCCGGACAAGUUUGGAGACAAGAGUCGAUCGAACGAAGCAGUGUCAACAAUGGGGAAACGGUAGAUGGGCAAGUAUUACAUGUUGAAGAGUUGAAGGACGUCUUGGAAAAAAUGAAGACUAAGGAGAUGACUGGAAAGAGCUUAAAUUAAUUGCUGAAGAAACAGAAAAGGCAGAGAUCAGAUCGACAGACAAAAUCAAAUACUUGGGGUGGGACCACCACGCCAGUAAUGUUGUAAAAAACUUAAGGAACAUCCUACAUAAAUUUAAAUAUUUAGCAAACUUCUUCAGCGAAAAACACUUAAGGACAAUCUAUUAUGCCCUUGCACAGUCUCUAGACUAGUAUGGCAUUUUGACUUGGCGUGGCAUUUUGGACGUUUGUCUUAUGAAGACUCAAAUUCUGCAGAACUACUUUUUAAAAAUACUGCUUAAGAAGGAUAGAAUGUACCCAUGUCCUUUGCUGUAUGGCGAGGCAAACAUUUUUGAUGUUAGACUCUUAUAUUUUUUACAAAUAAUGUUAUACACUUUUAAAAACAAACCUAUUUUAAAAUUUAUAAAUAAAUAAAAAUUAUAAAUUAAUAAAUAUAAAACGUAAAACAAAAAACUUUUAUUUUCCUAUCGCAAAAAUUAUUCAACUAUUUGCCGUCAGCCCAAAAGCAACUUCUAAUUACUACUGAUGGGAUAUACAUCUUUAAAAUAAAAAUAAAAUGCCGUUACCGCACUUGUCGCAUAAUAUACUAUAAGUCUCUCCGCUGCGCUACGCUCGUGCCAAAUAAAUAAAUAAAAAUAAUAAAUGUUCGUUUUUUACCACUUUUUUCUUUUUAUUGCCUUUUACAACGUUUUUAUUUCCGGGACACCCCUUUUUAAACACUGAUAAAAAAAAUAAAAAAAAAUACUGAUAUUUUUCAAAAAUUGUUUUUUUCAUUGCACACUUUUUCUUAUUUAUUAUUCAAUGUUUGUUUUAUUGUAUAGAUGUACUUUAAUAGUAGUUUAGUAGUAAUUUUAAUUAAAAAAAUGUAGCCAUGUGUCUCUCUGA